UAAUGUAGUAGAAGAAGGAAAUAGUAGCCCACUAUGGAGCCGCCCUGUUUAAUGGCGAGCUAACAGCAGCAACACUCCAAGCGACUUACUCUGGGUGUUUUCAUGCCGAAACGCGUCAAUAAUGUAGUUGUAAACCCCCGCCAUUCUGACGUUGGGCUCGUUCCCGCAGCGCCGAUAAUGCCGAAGAUGAAACUACGGAUGAAAACAGGCAAGGAAGGUGGCGACGAAACGACCGAGGAAGAUGCAUUAGUGGAGCCGAAGGAACGUCAGCAUAUCCCCAGUGUGGUCUCUCCCACAUCGAUGUCCAACAGGCUGGAGCAGUCGCCCCACGAUCAUGUUUUUCCACCCCAGAUGGACAAGGAGACUAUUUUUGAAUGGUUCGGCUUUCAUCUAAACCCUGCCAAGCGAAUCGAGUUCAUGUGCGGGCUGAUGCACAUGUGUCAACCCCUGGAGCUUCGUUUUUUAGGAUCGUACUUGGAAGACCUGGCUCGGAAAGAUUAUCAUGUUUUACGAGACUUUGAGUUUCGUGCAAAUAAUCCAAACGAGCUGGGGAUUUUAACGGAUUUAAUCGACCCCGUUGUGAGGUCUAAGCUACUAGUGUGUCUUUCGCUUCUCGGAUCUGACAGCAGGGAAUGCGCUGGGAUACUCUUUCGCAUACUGAGCCAUGUAGAUCCGUCGUUAUUCUACAAAAAACAUGACUACUCCCUUCCUUCAUUCGGGGACCCUCAGCACCACUCGUUGGAUCCGGAUGGGAAUGCUUGCAAACAAACAUGCGCCGUGUCAAACACCGAGAUCUCCCCUGGAUCUUUGGACCAGUUAGCGCUACUUUUCAGUAUGGCCUCUUUACACCCAGCUUUUCAUUUUCACCAGCGAGAAACGCUUCGGGCGCAACUGGAUAAAAUUGAGCUGGCGAUUGAAGAGGAAAGACGACAGAUUCGUGGAAAUGCACAAACAACGGAAUUGCCAGGACAUAAGGUUGAUUAUCUGCCUUCUUCGUCUUUGGGAGAGUGUGCAGACUCCCAUCCUCCUUAUCAGAGCCGACGCUCCAGACGCGGGGCGAUACAAAAAGAAGCAGUGCAUAUAGAGGCAAUUGUUCUCAAGUGUAUCUCUCUGACCAGAAUAGACAAGGAAUACAACUUUGAGGUGAAGUGGUCAGACUCCUCUUCUAGUAACGUGACCAAAACUCAUCUGGAAUUGGAGAAUUUCCUUUUUAAGCUUCCUAAAGAUCAGUGCACUAACUCAUUUGAGAAGAGCCUCCUGAGACUUUUGAGCCACUAUGAGAGCAGAGAGUGCGAGAAAAGCCUCAGGGAAAAGUUCCUUGCUGCGCCUCCAAUUUUCAGACAGACCAAGAGGGUGUGCAGCUUCUUCAAUUGCGACUCCAGUUAUUCUACCAAACCAUCAAGUUGCCGUUGCAACUGUCAGCUGGGGAAAAAUUUACAAGGCGAUUGCUCUGACGCCUCAAGUCAGGAUGAAGAAUCAUACAGUCAAGGGCAUAAGAAAAAGCACGGCGCCAAGAGUGCAAGUCAAAGUCUGCCCAGUGCAAAAGGGCCUCGGGGAGACAGUUGGAGAGGACCUCAUGUCGCUGAGCUCAGUGGUUCAUCAGAAAGGAGGAAAAGAGGCUUCAAACUGAGAAGCGUGCCGGAACCUGAACAGAAAACGGAGAAACGAAACCACCCAGGAGCCAAGGCUAAAAGCAGAGACAGAGGCAGAGAAAAAGGAUCUUAUUUGAUUAAUGGUAAUCUGGCACCAACUCAUUUGCCUCAAAAUAAAGGUUUGGUAGCUGUUGCUGGCUCUGGACCGGACACAUUUGGUGAAACGUCAUCAGAGAGCUACAGUUCUCCGUCAAGUCCUCAACACAGAGGAGUAGAGAGUCUGGAUAGUGAAGAUGAUAACAAUAAAGAUACUGACAGUCAUUCUGAUGACUCCUUCCAAGUAGCAGGCCCCAGCAUGUUCUUUGCCCGUCAAAGUGAUCCAAGUGUCGUGGAAAACCUGAUGUCUGUCCACCCUUUGUCCCCAAACAACCAGAUAGACUUUACAGGCCCAGAGAACAACUUACAGUUUCCCCCUCUUUCCUUCAUGCAUCCUGACGUGCUUCCAAACGGCGCCUGUGACCCUCCACUGACCGUGCCUCCGCUUUCCAGCCAAAGCGUCCUCCCGGAUGGAAAGCCUUCUUCUGGACCGCUGAUGAUGCCCAUGCCUCCGGGGGUUCCGGUUAUGCCAGGCCCCGGGGAACCGGAAAAAAGGGACCUCAUGCCAACUUUUGGUAUCCCGUCAAUGGGGUUCCAACCCGGUGUGCAGCCUCUAGUCCAGAGGUUCAAAACCGCCUUGCCGCAUAACCAAGGUGGUCACGAUGGCUCCUCGGAGAGCACUUCUACUCCCGCCGGCUCCCAGUCCGCGCAGCAAGCCCCGGUGCGACCUAUGGGUGCCACGUCUUCGGGCCUCGCCAUGUACCCAUCCUCUCUGCCCUGCCAGGACGCGGCCGCGCUAAGUUCAGGUCUGACGCGGUCACUGCCUCUCGGAGAGGCUUCCCACGCCAAGCAUCCCGGUUUAACCCUAGGGUCCGCUCUGCCAUCCGCAUUCACUUUGCCACCUGGAGGUGCGCCGGCAGCUAGUGGACAUGUGCAAGCAGGCGUGCCGCCGGCCGUGCCCACGCACAGCCCGGGCCCCGCCCCCAGCCCAGCACUUGCUCACGGCACGGCGCUCAGUGACUGUAUAUCUUACAGCAAUGCCGGCGCUUCCUGUGGAAGUGGCUGUGACAAUCCUAUCGCGCUUCCACAGAGUCAGCAGCAACAAGUGCCCCCCCAGCCGCCCGCACCGCAGCCGCCGCAGCAGCAGCAACAGCAUCUGAUGGGCUGCGGGACCUGCGGCUGCCACAACAACUGCGGCAGCCGAGGCAGCGGCAACGGCGUGAGCGGCUGCCAAGUGCCGCUCUUUUUCCCCAACCACCAAAUGGCUGCAGCGGUGCGGCAGGUCUUCAGCGUCCCGCCCCCUCUCUUCCAACUCACGAGCCUGUGCAUCAACAGCUACCUCACCCAGGGCCAGCCACCCCACCAGGCCAACGGGGCCGCCGCCCUGCCACCUUUCUACCCAAACGCCCCGCCCCCCGGCCACCCUUCAGCCUACGGCCCCAUCCACUCGCAUCCUCACAGCCACGCAGACGCGUCGUCUCACAUGCUGAGCACGCAAGUGGUGGCGGCGGCGGCGGCGGCGGCGAGCUACAACCUCCAACAGCAGAUGACACCGGUCGCAUCGUUCCAGCGCAUUUACCGGCAGGUUUAUCCCAAUCCUCUUGGGAUGCUUCAAGCGGCUUCACUUGGGGCCGGCGGAGUCAAUAAGAAGAACGGGAGCGUGUCCUGUUCCAACUGCGGUGUGAGCGGACACUACGCUCAGGACUGCAAUCAGCCCCCCAUAGACUCCGCACAGCAAGGCGGUUUCCGGUUAAAGUACGCGGCUUCACACGUCGCCGAGGCACUUGACGGCGCUGACUGAAAAAGUGGAGCUGUGCCGGUGACCCUGGCGCUUCCGUGUGGUCGAAAAAAGCAACGACAUAACAGGAAGAAAGCGUCCGCCGCUAAGGGCUCAGCGGACAAAAGCGACAAAAAGUAUUUGUGCCUAAGCCUUAUUCACAUGAAAUCAUUUCGACGUCCGGUGCACAUGAGUUCCUCCCCUUUCAGAUGAAUUUGGAUGUUUUUGCACUGAGGGUUGGAAAACAUUUAACUUAUUACUACUUGAUUAUUAUCAUUAUGAUGAGGAAUAUUAUUACUUUACUUUUAAGGGGCUUUUACAGACUUUUUAAAGUGAAGAUAACCCUGAGCAACAUGAAACAAAAAAAAAAAAAAAAAGUUCUCCUGCUUUUAAACACCUGCUAUUUAUGCUUUGUCGACAUUACUGUUCUUAGGAAGGUUUUAUUUGUUUGACGGAAUAUUUUCGGAUAGACGGUAAUCAAAAUGUAAUUAAGAAAAUAAUUGUGUUGACCUCACUGUAAGUUUUUGAAUGUACGUCACAUUUAAGGAAGCUGAUGUGCGAAUCGAAUGCUUGUUUUGCCACUCAAUAAGAUUGUGGGCAUUUGAAGAUAAUUGCUGCUUUGACCGUUAACCCCCUGCAUUUUCAAAAUGUUUUUUUUUCUUCCCCCGCUAAUGUGCACUACAACAUGAGGUGACGUGCAUUUCAAGCCGAGGUUUUACUUUGUAUUAUUAACAUUCGUUGUCACCUGCAGAUACUACAAAAACACAAUCUUUCUCAGUUCAACGAGUACAGCGAACCUUCGCAUAUUUACAGUGCGGCAUUCACAAAGUCACGUUUGGUUUUUAAUUUUGCUUUAUAUAUACUCUUUAUUCACCUUAAAGUUCACCUACUUUAUUUGUUGUGUGUGGCGCCCCCUUGUGGCCUCUUGGUGUCUUGAAACUAUGUUAACGUGAGUUGGAGCUUCAUUGAUGUAAGUGCUUUGAUGGCACCUGGGUGCCGAGAAACUUCGUAGGAGUGAGUUGAGGGGUUUCAUUUCUAAAAAAAGUAGCACUUUGUCACCAUGUUGUAGCAUCUAUAGGCAAUUGUUAACUUGACACUAGCGGUGGUUCACUGUGAUGGGUCAAAGGUCUUCUGGGUCCGAGGGCUGCUGGAUUAGUCUGUUCAAUAUUGAAAUCAUAUGUAUUUGAGAUCGGAAAAGCAUUUAUUGACCAUUCAUUUAUGAACUUUUGUUCCUUGAACAUCAGAAUCAGCUUUAUUGAGCAAGUUUCUGCAUGCCAAACAAGGAGUUUGACUUUGGUUGAUCUCAGCCUCUGUACAACAUUUAACAGAACAGAACAGAACAUGCGGGGAUAUCCCGGUCGACUUGCACGUCUCAGAACGGAAACACCAAAUAAUCGUUUGUCCUCGAUUAUAUGAAUUUUGAGAUUGUCUUUGAUAAAUUGAGCAGCCCUGCUGGAUCCUAGAUAGCAAACCAAUGCACGGACCGCUUUCCAUACUGGUUUGGUAACAAAAUGUCCUCCACUGCGUGAUGUCGUGUUGGUUAGAGCUGCUUGCUGUUGCAAUGAAGAACUAUGCAUGUCCAUUUCUUUGGUUGUGAAUUCUAAUGUGUGGUGAUGAUGAGGGAAGGUGACCGGUCAGGGCAAAUGACUUCUGUCCCACACUGCUUCCGAGAUCUGACUUCUUUCCCCAAUUUGAUAGAGUGAAUCACAAGCGCUGCUGAUGUCCACCAGUCGGACUUGUGAAGAAGGAAGUCCUCUGUAAAUAUUCUGUGCAGGGGAGGAGUUAAACGUGAGUGUUGUGUUGACCUCAAUGGUGUAAGAAAAUGGUGUUUACUGUACUCUUUGAUACUGGAAUGCCAGAUAUAUUUCUAGAGCAAAAUUUGGAUUUUAUGCAAUCUGUUUUCAUUUCAAUUAAAAGCAAUAAAAGGAGAAAUGUGUUGUCAUGAA